CCCGUCGCUUGCACCAAGGCUGCUGGCACAUAAGAUACAGUCCCCUCAGGAGAUGGAAGCUCUCCAUGCUCUCACAGUGCUGGAGACCUGUGUCAAUAACUGUGGUGAAAGAUUUCACAACGAAAUAGCAAAAUUCAGGUUUCUGAAUGAGCUGAUUAAAGUGCUUUCCCCAAAGUACUAUGGAACCUGGUCUUCAGAGAAAGUCAAGUCAAGAGUCACAGAAGUGAUAUUCAGUUGGACAGUCUGGUUUCCUCAGGAAGUUAAAAUCCGGGAUGCUUAUCAGAUGCUGAAGAAACAAGGGAUUGUAAAAGAAGACCCCAAAUUGCCAGAAGACAAAAUUUUACCUCCCCCUUCUCCAAGACCUCAGAAUUCUAUUUUUGACACAGAUGAAGAGAAAUCCAAGCUCCUGGCAAGGCUUUUGAAGAGCAGCCACUCAGAAGACCUGCAGGCUGCCAACCGCCUGAUCAAGAGCAUGAUUAAAGAGGAACAAGAAAAGUCAGCUAAGGUGUCCAGAAGAGCCAACACUAUCAGUGAGGUUUCUGAGAACGUUAAACGCAUGGGUGAAUUACUGGAAAGCUACAAGAGACAAGAAUUAUCCAAAUCUGACCAGGAGACCCUACAGGCUCUGUGCCGGCGCUCUGAGGGGCUCCGCCCGCGGCUCUUCCGCCUCGCCAGCGAGACGCUCGAUGACGACGAGGCUCUGGCUGAGAUACUGCAGGCCAACGACAAGCUCUCGCAGGCACUCGCACAGUGCAGGCAGGUUGUAGCCAGCCAUGAAAACGGUGCUGGAGGAGGCUCAGGCACCAGCUCUGCUGAUGGCCCAGCCUGCAGGCCAGCCCCAAGGCGCAUGAAGAGCUACACCCUGAUUGACUUCUCCGAAGUGGAGGCGACCCAGGCCCUGCCAGGCCAACCUGGCAGUGUCCCCAGUGCCUCCCGCCAGGGCAGCACAGCCUCCUCCUGCCUGCUCGAGGAGGAGCUCCACUCACUAGGUCUCGGCAACUCUCCCGUUGCAGAGAAAGCAGCGCCAGAUUUCGGGUUAGCAGAGCCUGCUGUGCACAAUGGCCAUGGGGAAGCUGCCAGUGCUGCUCAAACACCAGGACUGCAGGAGAGCUGGGCAGAGAGCUCUUCAGAGGAGAAUGAGUUCCAGGACUGGCUUGAUCAGCUCUCUCCACCACCCAGGACCAAAACAUCAUCCCUGGAUUUAUCACCAAUGACAUUGCCCUUUCCAGAUCUUCCAAAUAGCUCAAUGGCAGAUUCCUCACUCUCCAGCCUAGGCCACGAGCUGAAGCCUGCUGCCUCUUUCCAUCCAGCUCCCCAUGAUGCUUCUCUAGAAAACCUUUUUGUCCCUUUAAAUUCAAUUACACCGAGCAGUGUCUCUCCACUCACUGUGUAUGACAGGAAUGGUUUCAAGGCCAUGCUCCACUUCUCCAGAGACUCGGCUCCUGGGCGACCAGACGUGCUGGUGAUGGUUCUUUCCAUGCUGAGCACAUCAGCUCAGCCCAUUAAGGACAUAGCAUUCCAGGCUGCAGUCCCCAAGAGCAUGAGGAUCAAGCUGCAGCCAGCGUCGGGC